AUGAGAGCGCUACGUGCUCGAUUGCGCACCUCGUUUGCCAUCGAAAUUGAUGCUCGCGAUCAGGACGAGCUCGACCAAGACCAAAAGGGCGACCUCCUUGAUGAUAAUGACGACGUCGCUUCUGUUGUAACGAAAAUGGCGCCUCUUACCGAGAAGAUCAGACUGGCCACAGUCGACAACUUUCAGGGCGAGGAGGCAAAAGUGGUCAUUGUAUCGUUGGUUCGCAGCAACGAGGAGCGAAACGCAGGUUUCCUGAAGACGCCGAAUCGUAUCAAUGUCUUGCUAUCUCGAGCGCAGUACGGAAUGUACAUCUUAGGGAACAAGGAGACCCAGCGGAGCUCAUCUCCCAUGUGGCAGAAAGUCACCGAUAGAUUUCAAGAGAUUGGAGCGAUAGGCAGCUCGCUGGACUUGGAUUGUCCUCGCCACCCAGACAUGAUGAUUAGCCGGUUUGUGGGACAGAACUGGUUCCCUUUUGCUUUGCUUGUCUCCACCGACGAGCGCGACGAGAGCAUGACCGAGGCUGCGCUGAACAAGGAUCCAUAUGUCUUUCUAUCAUGCCGUCAUUUCUUCCCAGCAAGCAUCAUGGACAAGCACAUGAAGAUGGAUGACUACUAUGACCUCGACCAUGCCAGCCGUCUGUCACAGACCAAGCUCUUGAACGAUGUUGAGCUAGCGACCUCCAUACUGGGUUGUCCAACGUGUGGUCACGCAGUCGACAACAUCAGUCGCUACAGCCGCUGCGUGAAGGGCAGGCGCUUGGAUGCGAGUGCCAAGAAGAUUGUUGAGUCUAUCGAGAAGACACAUAAGCUGAUGCGCGAGCGCGCACUCGCCGCCAUAGACUCGUUGAAGGCCACAGUGGCGACUGCCGCCGUCCCUCAGCAAGCCAUCGCAUUGUGCGGAGAGCGUGAGCAGCAGCUCGCCGAAGUCUUCAAGCUGGACAAGAGCAUGAACACUAUGAGGUACGAGGCUGUCGAUCAUGUCCGCAAGGAGAUCUAUCGUUGGGGUGGUAUAGUGCAGAAUAUGACGAAACCGUUUGGUGUAGUACGAGAGCGAAUGAAGGCGAAGGCUCAGGACGGUCCGCUCAGUGUAAACACAAUCCGACACCUCCCCCAUAUUGCUGGACUACUAAUGUUGCCUGCCGCGUUGGUCGAGCUUUGUGACUUGGCGAUCAUCACAGACGUGAUUGCACGAGCCGAAAAGAAGAAAGGCCAGGACUCGCAAGGUCUUCGCGUAGAUUUCAAGACCAAUCGAGCCAAGUGUGAGCAGUUGAUUCGACAAGCAAGAGAGGCCAGCAUGGCGGUUCCGCAGGUGCAAGGCAUGGCAAUGUGGGCGCAGUACGCACUACUCGAGAGCCGGGUGGGUGCAUCAGAGGAGUCCUUGAGCAAUCAGUAUCUCGACGCCGAAGCCGCCAUCCGCAUUGCUGACGCCGAAGAGCUUGUCAGUGGUUUCAACUUCCCUGCAGAGAAGCGAGAUGAUGGCAUCGAUCUGGACCAGGCUCGAGUGGCAUUAAAAAAGGUGGGGCAGCCUUGCCACAUGGAUGUGCCCAUGAUCACGCACGUGGGCUUACCCGACAUUGCAUCUAGCAGCCACUGGUUUAGAUGCAUCAACAGUCACGUCUUCGCAGGUCGUGAGCAGGACGGGGACGAUGCUGUAUGCUAUUACUGUGGUGAAUGUGUGACGGAUGGGGAUCCUGUGGAGGAGGAGAGUCAAGGCAGUGAUGCAAGCGUGGCUGGCGAUGAGGACUUGCUGAUAUCGCCAUCUCACUAG